AUGGCGCACCCGGAGAGGAACGCAUUCGCAGGCUUGAGGAUUGAGACUUCGUUCCACCAGCAGCGAUCGGGAUGGUCGCAGGAGAAUGACGCAGGGAGGAGGAGAUCGACAGCGGGUGGCGAUGGUAUCGAGAGCGACCGCACCAAGAUAAAUCAUGACUACAACGCGCACCGCCGCGAUGCUAAUGAAGACAGCAGUGUGCUCAGAGAAAUGCAUUCAGCCACUCCUCCCAUCUCAGUCCCUCGCUCCGAUGGUCGUGCACAGGACGACCCCUCCUACCCCGACAGGCCAGAUGACGUCCAAGGCUCCCCUCUAGACAACUAUUUACAAACGCGUCGUUCCUCCAUCACUUUCAACCCAAAAGUAUCUCUUGAGUCGGGUGUGCAACGCCCACUGGAAGAGCCUCUGGCCAAGGGCGAUGCAAGGAAUCGACCCCCGCUGAAGUUCGAAUCCCGGACCUCAGGCCUCCGAAACGCCCUCUCUCAAGACGAUGACUCGGCCAACUCAAAAUCAGCCCCGUGGGGUUAUGACUCGAAGCGACCCCAAGAAGAGCGGGGUAUCCCGACCGGAGCCUCCCGCCAACGACCCUUGGGGAGCCCAGAGAGCGAUUCGAUGCCUGGCACUGAGAUAGACCAACCUACCUCCCUCACGUCGCUCUCUACCGCAUCUCCCAUUGCGGAAGAAGUACGAACGCCGCCUGGUAGCGUCAAAGACUCCUUAUUAUCGCCACUCUAUAUCACCUCGCCAACGCAAUCAUUCGCGUCUCCGGAAGAUCGCAGCGCUUCAUGGUCCGGGGGUUUGAUCACUCCCUUUGGUAGCAAGUCUCGCAGGUCCACCUUGGAUCGCAGCAGCAGUCUGCGAAGCUCCGCCACUCGGCAUGUAUCCCGACGGUCGACUACUUCCAGUGGAAAAUCGCCCGCCAGUACGUUCCUGUCUAUGUGGUCUGGCAAAGACGAGCCGGCCGCGUCUCCGGACGACGAAGGUCAAAUGGUGGGCACAGACUACGUGCUUGGGAAGCAGAUUGGCUUUGGAGGCUUCAGUGUGGUCAAAGAAGCCUACAAGGUCGAAGAGCACGGUUCCACGAAACGACUUGCCGUGAAGAUUGUGAGAAAGAAUGUCACUGAUCGCAGCGAGAGGGAAAACGAGGAAGUUCAGGCUGAGUUUGACCAUGAGGUUCGAGUUUGGCGGUAUCUCAAUCAUUCUCACGUCUUGACCCUCGACGCCGUUUAUGAGACAGACUAUGCGACCUUCUGUUUCACCAAGCUCGCCAUCGGCGGUACAUUGUUCGAUCUGGUCCGCCAGAAUCGCCAGGGUCUUGACAUUACGCUCGCGAAGAAAUAUUCCUACCAACUCGCCUGCGCAAUUCGCUACCUGCAUGAAGAUGCACGGGUCGUUCACCGCGACAUCAAGCUGGAAAAUUGUCUUCUCGACCCCGUUGAGAAUUUAGAUGGCACGACAUCCUCUACCCUGGUACUCUGCGACUUUGGAAUGGCAGAGUGGAUGGCCACCGACGAUGGCGGUGAAUCGCCUGACCCUUACGACGAGGUCGCUGAUCGUCCUCCGCCCAAGCAAAUGGGACCUGCCGACUCCAGCACCAGCGUUGCAGGCAGUCUAGAGUAUGCCUCCCCAGAACUGCUUGAGUCUUCAAAUGGAAUUAUCCACCCUUCGGUCGAUAUUUGGGCCUUUGGCGUGAUUGUCUACACGGUCAUUGUCGGGUCACGACCGUUCCAGGACUCCUUUCCUCCCCGCAUCAAAACCAACAUUCUGAGUGGCACUUGGAACCGCGAAGCCAUGCUCAGUGGGAUCGCGGACGACCUGCAGUCCAAGGACCGCCAGGAUGCCCUAGACUUGGUCAUAGGCUGCCUUGAGAUGGACGUCAACAAGCGAUGGACCAUCCGCGACAUCCUGGCCAGUCCCUGGCUUCGAGAGGUCGCUGAAUCUGCCGAAGAAGGCUCACCGGACUCCCCGUGGAAGCUUUAG